GUUGAUGAAUUAAGAAAAAUGGAAAGAGAGGGAUUCGAACCCUCGGUAAACAAAAGUCUACAUAGCAGUUCCAAUGCUACGCCUUCAACCGCUCGGCCAUCUCUCCUACAUAAUCUUAUUAUGGAAAAUAAACUGAGUGAAUAGCGAGUUUUCUUAUUCCUGCAGGACAGGUAUAACCGCAACUGCUCGGGGGUUCCAUAGUUCUAUUGGAAAAAUCCCUUUUUAGUAUUUUUUUACUAGGAAUUGCGCUCCUUAUAAAAGUUUGGGUUUUCCUGCAACCAAAGAAAAAGAGAAUGGAAGAAUUCUUCUUAUGGCAUAAUAAAAUAAAGAAACCUUAUAAUUCUGUUUGUAUAAGGUAUGAUACACCAUAUUAUCGAAAUCAAAAUAGGGUAUGUAUGAGACAAUUAAUGACUUUGAAAACACGAAAUAGCUGAUGAGAGAAGUUAUUGUUGAGAAAUAGGAAAGUGGAAUGAAAUCUAGUCUUAGUCAAAUAUUUCAUAUCUCUUCUUGUCCAAGCAGAAGGAAAAGGAUACAAUUACAAUUUGAGCUGAGCGGAAGAUUCGUAUCUCUUUUAUCCAUUUAAAGUAUAUGGAUUUAGAGCAUAUAGAUCGAUCUAUUUCUAAGAAUCAAAUGUGUUUGUUUGUUUUUAUGUUAUUUUGUGAAGGAAUGAAAACAAUUCUAUAUGGAAUGGGUUGGGAAUUAUGCCUAGAUCCCGCGCAAAUGGAAAUUUCAUUGAUAAGACCUCCUCAAUUGUAGCCAAUAUUUUAUUGCGAAUAAUUCCGACAACCUCAGGAGAAAAAAAGGCAUUUACUUAUUAUAGAGAUGGGAUGUUGGCUCAAUCCGAAGGAAAUUAUGCGGAAGCUUUGCAAAAUUAUUAUGAAGCUACGCGACUAGAAAUCGAUCCCUAUGAUCGAAGUUAUAUACUCUAUAACAUAGGCCUUAUACACACAAGCAAUGGAGAGCAUACAAAGGCUUUGGAAUAUUAUUUUCGGGCACUAGAACGAAACCCCUUCUUACCGCAAGCUUUUAAUAAUAUGGCCGUGAUCUGUCAUUACCGAGGAGAACAGGCCAUUCUACAGGGUGAUUCGGAAAUUGCGGAAGCUUGGUUUGAUCAAGCUGCUGAGUAUUGGAAACAAGCUAUAGCGCUUACUCCGGGAAAUUAUAUUGAAGCACAGAACUGGUUGAAGAUUACGAAGCGCUUUGAAUUUGAAUAAGAAAGACCACGCUCCUUCUUUUUCAUAAAAUGGGUGGUUUGGUUGUUGAUCCAUUAAUCAAAUAAAUUAGGUCGUAAGAUCCUCGAAUCCAGAAUUUCAUUAUAUCCCUUUCUUCUACCUUCUAUUUUAUCUGAUAUUUCAUAAGGAUAAACCAUAGGGAUAGGGUCUAUAAUAGAAGUAAUAAAGUGAAUAAAAAGAAAAAAUAGGGGCAAUCUAAAUAUCGCUAGUAUAUCAGGACUGUAUUAUUAAUAACUCUAAUGAGUUAUCUUGGAAUUUAGAAUAAAAUAAAAAACCCUAUAUUAUGCUCAAGGAAAGUAGAUGUAUAUAGGAGCUUACACCCUAAAAAAAAAAAUACACUAGUUUCUAAAAUUGCAAAAAUAUUUUUUUUUCUUACGUCGGGAAAUAUUUGUUUUUCAAGAUAAACAACGUCCCUUAGGCACCCAAUCUUUAUGUCAUAAUAGAUCCGAACACUUGCCUCGGAUUGACUUCAAUAUAUAAUUGCUCCAGUGAAUAACUAAAAAAAUAGAAGGACGGUAGAUAGUAAAGAUAAAGAACUAAUCAUAAUAUCUAUCUUUCAAAAUCUAUCUUUCAAAAAUUCACUAAAAAGACAGCUGGCGGGUCUCUUUGUAUAUCUUGUCCGGAAAGAGGAGGACUUAAUGAUUAUUCGUUCGCCGGAACCAGAAGUAAAAAUUGUUGUGGAUAGGGAUCCUGUAAAAA